UGAAAAUUGUGUAUAAGCUCCGCGCAUGUUAUUCUUCAUGCGAAGUCCUUUGUAUCUGGGUUCAGUGUUACUGUUAACAUGGCUAUGUGGCAACUUCGCAGUGCUGCCGCCGCGAGGGAUGCUCCCAAACGCAGACCGGAUGAAGGAGAUCAUACACUCCGGGCUGUUCCCGGACAAACCCCGGAACGUGUCCUUCGUGGAGUACUUCCGUAACUUCACAGAGGUCAACGAAGACCUUAAGAAGGUGCUAGAAAGGUUGGAAUUCAAUGUCCUCGACCUGGAGAACCUGCAGAACGUCAUCAACCUGGCGGAGGAGCUCAGGAGGCUCAAGGAACUAAAGAUGGCCGCCGUACGCGCUAGCAGAAUGAAGACGAACAACUCUAGUGGCGCAAGGCGGCAGUUUAUCGACAAAGAAAUAGAAGAUGCGCAUAUUUCCAGAGAUCUGUACAAUCCCCAGCAAAAUCCCGAAUCUUGGAAUUUGGACACCAGGCGGAAGCUACUUCAGUUCAUGGCGCACACCGCGUAUUCCUCCAGAUACGAGAUUAGUAAGACCAACAGAUUGAGAAGAAUAUACAUGAACAGCACGGUGUUCCAAAUCGGGCUUAUGUACGGCAACACGCUAGAGCUGCGCGCGACCGCCGGCUCGCUCUACAGCACCAUGGCUAAGAUGCCACUCACCGUGUCCACGUUGUGGUACAUCUUCCACUACCACAAGCUGCUGAACAUAGCGUACGACAUGGCCAGCAACAUGGAGUUCAUCUUCCUGCUGAACGACCGUCUUCAGGAGGGCGCUUACCACUUCCCAUACGUCCAGGGAAAAAAUGGAUCCGUCAGCUUACCUUUCGAUUCCCGCGAAGCUACGAGCGAGGACCCCGAGAAUGUAUACAGGAGAAAGAAGAAGAAGAAGAAAUAAAAGAUGUAUUGACGUCGUCCGAAAUAUAUUCCAUUUCCACGAUUACAAAUCCUGUCUUUGCCAAAACACUACAAGCGUUUUUAUUGAGAA